CUCGGCCAUGGGCCCGCCGAGGCCCUCGCUGCUGCCGCCGCUGGCGCUGGGGCUGCUGCUGCUGCUGCCGGGCGCGGGCGCCGGGGCGCAAGACGAAGUACUGGAAAAUGUCAACCCUGUCUGUACAAAAGAUGCAACUCGCUUCAAGCACCUCCGGAAAUACGUAUACAACUAUGAGGCUGAGAGUUCCAGUGGAGUCCCUGGGACUGCUGAUUCUAGAAGUGCCACCAAGAUCAACUGCAAGGUUGAGCUGGAGGUUCCCCAACUCUGCAGCUUCAUCCUGAAGACCAGCCAGUGUACCCUGAAGGAGGUGUAUGGCUUCAACCCUGAGGGCAAGGCCUUGCUGAAGAAGACCAAGAACUCUGAGGAGUUUGCUACUGCCAUGUCCAAGUACGAGCUCAGGCUGGCCGUUCCGGAAGGGAAGCAAGUUUUCCUUUACCCAGAGCAAGGUGAACCUAAGCACAUCCUGAAUAUCAAGAGAGGCAUCAUUUCUGCCCUCCUGGUUCCCCCGGAGACAGAAGAGGCCAAGCAAGUGAUGUUUCUGGAUACCGUGUAUGGAAACUGCUCCACUCAGUUUGCCGUUAAGACAAGGAAGGGAAACGUGGCGACAGAAAUAUCCACGGAAAGGAACCUGCAGCAGUGCGAUCACUUCAAGCCCAUCAGCACAGGCGUCAGCCCGCUCGCGCUCAUCAAAGGCAUGUCCCGCCCCUUGUCAACUCUGAUCAGCAGCAGCCAGUCCUGCCAGUACACGCUGGACUCCAGGAGGAAGCAUGUGUCGGAAGCCAUCUGCAAGGAGCAGCACCUGUUCCUGCCGUUCUCCUACAAGAAUAAGUACGGGAUGAUGGCACACGUUACCCAGACUCUGAAACUGGAAGACACACCUAAUAUCAACAGCCGCUUCUUUGGUGAAGGUGCCGAGAAGGUGGGUCUCGCCUUUGAGAGCACCAAAUCCACGUCGUUGCCGAAGCAGGCUGACGCCGUCUUGAAGACCCUGCAGGAACUGAAAAAGCUGUCUGUCUCCGAGCAGAAUGCCCAGAGAGCUAAUCUCUUCAACAGGCUGGUUACGGAGCUGAGAGGCCUCAACAACGAGGCAGUCACGUCCCUCCUGCCACGGCUGAUCCAGGUGUCCAGCCCCAUCACUUUACAAGCCUUGGUUCAGUGUGGACAGCCCCAGUGUUACGCUCAUGUCCUGCAGUGGCUCAAACAGACGCAUGCCAAACCCCUUCUGGUGGACAUUGUAACCUACCUGGUGGCCCUGGUCCCAGAGCCCUCGGCACAGAGGCUGCAGGAGAUCUUCAACACGGCGAAGGAACAGCGGAGCCGAGCCACCUUGUAUGCUCUGAGCCACGUGGUCAACAACUAUCACAAGACACACCCUACAGAGACCCAGGACCUGCUGGACAUUGCUGGUUACCUAGAGGAACAGAUUCAGAAUGACUGCACUGGGGACAAAGAUUACACCGAUUUGAUUCUGAGGGUCAUUGGAAAUAUGGGCCAGACCAUGGAGCAGUUAACUCCAACACUCAAGUCUUCAGUCCUGAAAUGUAUCAAAAGCACAAAGCCAUCACUGCUGAUCCAGAAAGCUGCCAUCCAGGCCCUCCGGAAAAUGGAACUUAAAGAUGAGGAGCAGGGGGUCCUUCUUCAGGCUUUCCUCGAUGGUGCUUCUCCAGGAGACAAGCGACUGGCUGCCUAUCUCAUGCUGAUGAGGACUCCUUCCCAGUCAGAUGUUAAUGAAAUCAUCCAACUUCUACCACGGGAACAGAAUGAGCAAGUGAAGAACUUUGUGGCUUCCCACCUUGCCAACAUCUUGAACUCAGAAGAAUUGUAUGUCCAGGAUCUGAAAACGUUAGUGAAAGAAGCUCUGAAAGAAUCUCAACUUCCAACUCUCAUGGACUUCAGAAAAUUUUCCCGGAACUAUCAGAUUUCCAAAUCUGUCUCUCUUCCGUCACUUGAUUCAGCCUCGGCCAAAAUCGAAGGGAAUCUUAUAUUUGAUCCAAAUAAUUAUCUUCCUAAAGAAAGCAUGCUGAAAACUACCCUCACUGUCUUUGGAUUUGCUGCAGCUGACCUCUUUGAGAUUGGCUUGGAGGGAAAAGGCUUUGAGCCAACACUGGAGGCUCUUUUUGGGAAGCAAGGAUUUUUCCCAGACAGUGUCAACAAAGCUUUGUACUGGGUUAAUGGCCAAGUUCCUGAUCAUGUCUCCAAGGUCUUAGAGGACCAUUUUGGCUACACUAAAGAUGAUAAACGUGAGCAGGACAUGGUAAAUGGAAUUAUGCUCAGUGUUGAGAAGCUGAUUAAAGAUUUGAAAUCCAAAGAUGUCCCGGAAGCCAGAGCCUACCUCCGCAUCUUGGGAGAGGAGCUUGGCUUUGCCAGGCUCCGCGACCUGAAGUUCCUGGGGGAGCUGCUGCUGAUCGGGGCACGCACUCUGCAGGGGAUCCCCCAGAUGAUUGGAGAGGCCAUAAGGCAGGGUUCCAAGAAUGACUUUUUCCUUCACUACAUCUUCAUGGACAACGCCUUCGAGCUCCCCACCGGAGCUGGAUUACAGCUGCAGAUGUCUUCCUCUGGAGUCAUCACUCCCGGAACCAAGGCUGGAGUGAAACUGGAAGUAGCCAAUAUGCAGGCUGAACUGGUGACAAAACCGUCUGUGUCUGUGGAGUUUGUAACAAAUAUGGGCAUGAUCAUUCCAGACUUUGCUAGGAGCGGGGUCCAAAUGAACACCAACUUCUUCCAUGAGUCAGGCCUGGAGGCUCAUGUUUCCCUCAGAGCUGGGCAGCUGAAGUUUAUCAUUCCUUCUCCAAAAAGGCCAGUCAAGCUGUUCAGUGGCAGCAACACGUUGCAUUUGGUGUCUACCACCAAAACAGAAGUGAUCCCACCUUUAAUUGAGAACAGACAGUCCUGGUCAGCUUGCAAGCCGUUCUUUACCGGACUGAAUUACUGCACGUCGGGCGCUUACUCCAACGCCAGCUCCACAGACUCUGCCUCCUACUACCCGCUGACGGGGGACACCAGAUUUGAGCUGGAACUGAAGCCUACAGGAGAGGUCGAGCAGUAUUCUGUCAGCGCAACCUAUGAGCUCCAGAGAGAGGACAGCGCCUUGGUGGACACCCUGAAGUUUGUAGCUCAGACAGAAGGUGUGAAGCAUACUGAGGCUACCAUGACAUUCAAAUAUAAUCGGCAGACUGUGACUUUGUCCAGUGAAGUCCAAAUUCCGGAUUUUGAUGUGGACCUUGGGACCAUACUCAGAGUUAUUAAUGAAUCUGUUAAGGACAAAAUAUCUUACAGACUCACCUUGGACAUUCAGAACAAGAAAAUUACUGAGGUCGCUGUCAUGGGCCACCUAAGUUGUGACACAAAGGAAGAAGGCAAAAUCAAAGGUGUUAUUUCCAUACCCCGUUUGCAAGCAGAAGCCAGAAGUGAGAUCCUCACCCACUGGUCCUCCACUAAACUGCUCCUCCAAAUGGACUCAUCUGCUACAGCUUAUGGCUCAACAGUUUCCAAGAGGGUGGCAUGGCGUUAUGAUGAAGAGAAGUUUGAAUUUGAAUGGAACACAGGCUCUAACGUGGAUACCAAAAAAGUGGCGUCCAAUUUCCCUGUGGAUCUCUCUGAUUAUCCCAGAAGCUUGCACAUGUAUGCCAAUAGUCUCUUGGAUCGCAGAGUUCCUCAAACAGACAUGACUUUCCGGCACAUGGGUUCCAAAUUAAUAGUUGCAACAAACGCAUGGCUUCAGAAGGCAGCUGGGAGUGUUCCUUAUGCCCAGACUUUGCAAGAUCAGCUCAAUAGCGUAAAGGAGUUGAACCUCCAACAAAUGGGAUUGCCAGACUUCCACAUCCCAGAAAACCUCUUCUUAAAAAGUGAUGGCCGAGUCAAAUAUACUUUCAACAAGAACAGUAUAAAAAUUGAGAUUCCUUUGCCUUUUGGUGGCAAAUCCUCCAAAGAUCUAAAGAUGCUAGAGACUGUUAGGACUCCAGCCCUCCACUUCAAGCCCAUGGGAUUCCACCUGCCAGCUCAAGAGUUCCAAGUUCCUGCUUUCACCAUUCCCAAGUCGUAUCAACUGCAAGUGCCUCUCCUGGGUGUUCUAGACCUUUCCACGAAUGUCUACAGCAACUUGUACAACUGGUCCGCCUCCUACACUGGUGGCAACACCAGCGCAGAACACUUCAGCCUUCGGGCUCGGUACCACGUGAAGGCGGACUCCGCGGUUGACCUGCUUUCCUACAGUGUGCAAGGAUCUGGAGAAACAACGUAUGACCACAGGAAUACGUACACACUAUCAUGUGAUGGGUCUCUACACCACAAAUUUCUAGAUUCAAAUAUCAAAUUCAGUCACGUAGAAAAAGUUGGAAAUAGCCCCGUCUCGAAAGGUUUACUAACAUUUGAUGCAUCUAGUGCCUGGGGACCACAGAUGUCUGCUUCGGUCCAUUUGGGCUCAAAAAAGAAACAGCAUUUGUAUGUCAAGGAAGUCAAGAUUGAUGGACAGUUCAAAGUCUCUUCGUUCUACGCUAAAGGCACAUAUGGCCUGUCUUGUCAGAGGGAUCCUGGCACUGGCCAGCUAAAUGGAGAGUCCAACCUGAGGUUUAACUCCUCCUACCUCCAGGGCACCAACCAGAUAACAGGAAGAUAUGAGGAUGGAACCCUCUCCCUCACCUCUACCUCGGAUCUACAAGGUGGCCUCAUUAAAAAUACUGCUUCUCUGAAAUACGAGGACUAUGAGCUGACUCUGAAAUCUGACACCAGUGGGAAGUACAAGAACUUUGCCACUUCUAACAAGGUGGAUCUGACCUUCUCUGAGCAAAAUGCAUUGCUGCGCUCUGAGUACCAGGCCGACUACGAGUCACUGAGAUUCUUCACCCUGCUUUCUGGAUCACUAAAUUCCCGCGGUCUUGAAUUAAAUGCUGACAUGUUGGCCACUGACAAAAUUAAUAGUGGUGCUCACAAGGGAACGCUAAGGAUCGCCCAGGGUGCAAUAUCUACCAGCGCAACGACCAACUUGAAGUAUAGUCCCCUGGUGCUAGAGAAUGAGCUGAAUGCAGAGCUUGGCCUCUCGGGGACAUCUAUGAAAUUAACAACAAGUGGCCGCUUCAGGGAACACAGUGCCAAAUUCAGUCUAGAUGGAAAAGCCGCCCUCACAGAGGUGUCAUUAGGUAGUGCUUAUCAGGCCAUGAUUCUGGGUGUCGACAGCAAAAACAUUUUCAACUUCAAACUCAGCCGAGAAGGACUUAAGCUCUCAAAUGACAUGAUGGGCUCAUACGCUGAGAUAAAACUUGACCACACGAACAGCCUAAACAUUGCAGGCUUGUCCCUGGACUUCUCUUCAAAACUCGACAACAUUUAUAGCUCUGACAAGUUUUACAAGCAAAAUUUUAAUUUACAGCUACAGCCCUAUUCUCUGGUAACUACUUUAAACAAUGACCUGAAAUACAAUGCUCUGGAUCUGACCAAUACUGGGAAAUUGCGGCUAGAACCCCUGAAGCUGAAUGUGGGUGGCAACCUAAAAGGAGCCUAUCAAAAUAACGAAAUAAAACACAUCUACACCAUUUCUUAUGCUGCCUUAUCAGCAAGCUAUAAAGCAGACACUAUAGCUAAGAUUCAGGGUGCGGAAUUUAGCCAUCGGCUCAGCACAGACAUUGCUGGGCUGGCUUCAGCCCUCGACAUCAGCACAAACUAUAAUUCAGACUCACUGCAUUUCAGCAAUGUCUUCCACUCUGCAAUGGCCCCAUUUACCAUGGCCAUCGAUGCACGUACAAACUGCAAUGGGAAACUAGCUCUCUGGGGAGAACACACGGGGCAGCUGUACAGCCAAUUCCUGUUGAAAGCAGAACCGUUGGCCCUCACUUUCUCCCAUGAUUACAAAGGAUCCACGAGUCACCAUCUCACGUCUAGGAAAAGCAUCAGUACAGCUCUGGAUCACAAAGUCAGUGCCCUGCUUACUCCGGCUGAGCAGACAGGCACCUGGAAACUCAAGACCCAAUUUAACAACAAUGAAUACAGCCAGGACUUGGAUGCCUACAACACUAAAGACAAAAUCGGUGUGGAGCUUAGUGGACGAGCCCUGGCUGACCUAACUAUACUAGACUACCCAAUUAAAGUGCCAUUUGUACUCAGUGAGCCGGUCAGUGUCAUUGAUGCUUUAGAGAUGAGAGAUGCUGUUGACAAGCCCCAAGAAUUUACAAUCGUUGCUUUUGUGAAGUAUGAUAAAAACCAAGAUGUCCACACUAUCAACCUCCCAUUUUUUAAAACCCUGCCAGAAUAUUUUGAGAAGAAUCAAAGAAUAAUUAUAACUGUACUGGAAGUCAUACAGAAAGAAUUGAAGCGCAUUGACAUUGAUCAAUUUGCGAGGAAAUACAGAGCAGCCCUGAGCCAGCUCCCACAGCAAGUUAAUGAUUCUCUGAAUUCAUUCAACUGGGAGAGACAAGUUUCAAGUGCCAAGGAGAAACUGACUGCUUUCAGAAAAAAAUAUGGAAUUACAGAAAAUGAUCUACAAAUUGCAUUGGAUAAUGUCAAAAUCAACUUUAAUGAAAAAUUAUCUCAAAUGCAGACAUAUGUGAUACAAUUUGAUCAGUAUAUUAAAGAUAAUUAUGAUUUACAUGAUUUGAAAACAGCUAUUGCUAAGAUUAUUGAUCUAAUCAUUGAAAAAUUAAAAAUUCUUGAUGAACAUUAUCAUAUCUGUGUUAAUUUAGAAAAAACAAUCCAUGAUCUAUAUUUGUUUAUUGAAAACAUUGAUUUUAACAAAACUGGAAGUAGUACCGCAUCUUGGAUUCAAAAUGUGGAUAUUAAGUAUCAAAUCAGAAUGCAGAUACAAGAAAAACUGCAGCAACUUGAGGCACACAUUCAGAAUACAGACCUCCAGCACUUUGCUGGAAAGUUAAAACAACAGGUUGAGGCUAUUGAUGUCAGAGUGCUUUUAGAUCAAUUGAGAACUACAAUUCCAUUUGGAAUAAUACAUGAUCUUCUUGAGCAUGUCAAAUAUGUUGUAGAUCUUACUGGAGAUUUUGAAGUAACUGAGAAAAUCGAUGCUUUUAGAGCCACAGUCUACAAGUUAAUUAAGGCAUAUGAAGUAGACCAACAAAUCCAGGUUUUAAUGGAUAAAUCAGUCCAGUUGGCCCACCAAUACAAGUUGAAGGAGACUGUUCAGAAGCUAAGCAAUGUUCUACGACAAAUUGAGAUAAAAGAUUGCUUUGAGAAAUUGGUUGGGUUUAUUGAUGAUGCUGUCAAGCAGCUUGAUGCACUGUCUUUAAAAAAAUUCAUUGAAGAAGUUAACAAAUUCCUUGACGUGUUGGUAAAAAAAUUAAAGUCAUUUGAUUACCACCAGUUUGUAGAUGAAACCAAUAAAAAAAUCAGUGAGAUGACCCAGAGAAUCAAUGGUAAAAUUCAGGCUCUGGAACUACCACAGAAAGCUGAAACACUAAAACUGUUUGUAGAGGACACCAAGACCAUGGCCUCAGAGUAUCUGGAAAGCCUAAAGGACACAAAAAUAACCUUAAUCGUCGAUUGGUUACAGGAUGCUUUAGAUUCAACAUCUUUGACUCACAUCAAAGGCAAAUUCCAAGAGACCCUAGAAGAUAUACGAGACCGAAUGUAUCAAAUGGACAUUCGGCAAGAACUUGAGCAGUACCUGUCUCUGGUAGGCCAGAUCUACAGCACCCUUGUCACCUACAUUUCCGACUGGUGGAGUCUUGCUGCUAAGAACCUUACUGAUUUUUCAGAGCAGUAUUCUAUCCCAUAUUUGGCUGAAAGUGUGAAAGCAUUGGUGGAACAAGGGUUCACUGUUCCCGAGAUCCAGACUGUCUUUGGCACCAUGCCUGCCUUCGAAGUCAGUCUUCGGGCUCUUCAGGAAGCUACCUUCCAGACACCUGACUUCAUAGUCCCCCUAACAGAUUUAAGGAUCCCAUCCAUUCAGAUAAACUUCAAAGAGUUGAAAGAUAAAAAAAUCCCAUCCAGGUUUUCCACACCAGAAUUUACUAUCCUCAAUAUCUUGCACAUUCCUUCCUUUACCAUUGACUUAGUAGAAAUAAAAGCAAAGAUCAUCAGGACCAUUGACCAAAUGCUGAACAGUGAGCUGCAGUGGCCAGUUCCAGAAGUGUAUCUGAGGGAUCUCAAGGUGGAGGACAUUCCUUUUGGUAGAAUCACCCUGCCAGAUUUCUAUUUACCAGAAAUCACAAUUCCAGAAUUCGUAAUCCCAAAGCUCAACAGUAAUGAUUUUCAGUUUCCUGACAUUCACAUACCAGAAUUCCAGCUUCCCCACAUCUCACACAGCAUUGAAGUACCUGCUUUUGGCAAGCUACAUAGCAUUUUGAAAAUCCAGUCUCCCAUUUUCACAUUGGACGCAAAUGCCGACAUACAGAAUGUAACUACUUUGGCAAACAAAGCAGAUAUUGCAGCUUCCAUUGCUGCCAAAGGAGAGUCCAAAUUAGAAGUUCUCAAUUUUGAUUUUCAAGCAAAUGCACAACUCUCGAGCCCUGAGAUUAAUCCAAAGGUUCUGAAGGAAUCUGUGACAUUCUCCAGCAAGUACCUGAGAACAGAGCAUGAGAGUGAAAUGCUGUUUUCUAGAGAUGCUAUUGAGGGAAAAUCAGACACAGUGGCAAGUUUACACACAGAAAAAAAUACGCUGGAGGUUAGUAAUGGUGUGCUUGUCAAGAUAAACAAUCAGCUUACCCUGGAUAGCAACACUAAGUACUUCCACAAACUGAACAUCCCCAAGCUGGACUUCUCUAGUCAGGCUGACCUACGCAACGAAAUCAAGACACUGUUGAAAGCUGGCCACAUGGCAUGGACUUCCUCCGGAAUAGGGUCGUGGAAAUGGGCCUGCCCCAAGUUCUCAGAUGAGGGAGUACAUGAAUCACAAAUUAACUUCACUGUGAAAGAACUCAUGACUUCCUUUGGAUUAUCCAAUAGGAUCAAUAGCAAACACCUACAAGUAAACCAAAACUUGGUUUAUGAAUCUGGCUUCCCCGACUUUUCUAAAUUUGAAAUCCAGUCACAAGUCGAGUCCCAGCAUGUAGGCCGCAGUAUUCUAACUGCUAAAGGCACAGCACUGUUCAGGGAAGGGAAAGCAGAGAUAACUGGUAACCACGAUGCUCAUUUAAAUGGAAAAGUUAUUGGCACUUUGAAAAACUCUCUUUCUGUUUCAGCCCAUUCAUUUGAGAUUACUGCAUCCACAAACAAUGAAGGAAAUUUGAAAGUUAGUUUUCCAUUGAAGUUGACAGGGAAGAUAGACUUCCUGAAUAACUAUGCUCUGUUUCUGAGUCCUAGUGUCCAGGAAGCACGUUGGCAAGCCAGUGCUAGGUUCAAUCAGUAUAAGUACAAUCACAACUUCUCUGCUGGGAACAACAAGAACACCAUCGAGGCCCACGUGGGCGUAAAUGGAGAAGCUAACCUGGAUUUCUUAAACAUUCCUUUAACAAUUCCAGAAAUGACUCUACCUUACACAAUAAUCACAACUCCACCACUGAAAGAUUUCUCCUUAUGGGAAAAAACAGGCUUGAAGGAACUCUUGAAAACAACAAAGCAAUCAUUUGAUUUAAGUGCAAAGGCUCAGUAUAAGAAAAACAAAGACCAACUUUCCAUCACAAAUCCUUUGCGUGUGUUUUAUGAGUUUAUCAGUCAGAACAUCAAUUCCUUUGACAGUCGUUUUGAGAAAGCCCAAGAUGAUGCAUUGGAUUUUCUCACCAAAUCCUAUAAUGAAGCAAAAAUGAAGUUUGAUAAGUACAAAGUUGAAGAAUCCCACAACAAGCUCCCCAGGACCUUUCAAAUUCCUGGAUAUACUAUUCCAGUCAUCAAUAUUGAAGUGUCUCCGUUCACAGUAGAGAUGUUGGCAUUUGGCUAUGUGAUCCCAAAAGCAAUCAGCACCCCUAAUUUCACUCUCCCGGGUUCUGACUUCUAUGUGCCUUCAUACACAUUAGUCCUGCCAUCUCUAGAGCUGCCAGUUCUUCGUGUCCCUAGGAGUCUUCUCAAGCUUUCUCUUUCAGAUUUCAAGGAAUUGGCUACUGCAAACAAUAUUUUUAUUCCAGCCAUGGGCAAUAUUACCUAUGAUUUCUCCUUUAAAUCAAGUGUCAUCACACUGAAUACCAAUGCUGGACUUUAUAAUCAAUCAGAUAUCGUGGCUCAUCUCCUCUCUUCCUCUUCAUCCGUCAUUGAUGCACUGCAGUACAAAUUAGAAGGCACUUCAAGUUUGACAAGAAAAAGAGGGUUGAAGUUAGCCACAGGUCUGUCCCUGAGCAACAAAUUCAUGGAAGGCAGUCAUAACACUAUUGUUAGCUUAACCAAGAAAAACUUGGAAGCAUCAGUGACAACAACUGCAAAAGUCCAAAUUCCAAUUUUGAGAAUGAAUCUCAAGCAAGAACUUAAUGGAAAUACCAAGUCAAAACCUACCGUCUCUUCCUCCAUUGAGUUAAAGUAUGAUUUCAAUUCCCCACAGCUGCUCUCUACUGCUCAGGGGGCAGUUGACCACAAGCUCAUCUUGGAAAGCCUCACCUCUUACUUUUCCAUAGAGUCAUCUACCAAAGGAGAUGUCAAGGGUUCAGUCCUUUCACGGGAAUAUUCAGGAACUAUUGCCAGUGAGGCCAGCACGUAUUUGAAUUCCAAGGGCACUCGGUCUUCAGUGAAGCUGCAAGGGGCUUCUAAAGUUGAUGAUAUCUGGAAUUUUGAAGUAAAAGAAAAUUUUGCUGGAGAAGCCACUCUCCGACGCAUAUAUACUGUCUGGGAACGCAAUAUAAAAAACCGCUUACAGCUAGAGGGCCUCUUUUCCUCACAUGGAGAACAUACAAGUAAAGCCACCCUGGAACUAUCCCCAUGGAAAAUGUCAGCCCUUGUUCAGGUCCAGGCAAGUCAGCCCACUUCCCUCCUUAAUAUCCCUUCCCUUAGCCAGGAAGUGGCCCUGAAUGCCAACACUAAGAACCAGAAGGUCAGCUGGAAAAGUGAGGUCCAGGUUCAUUCUGGGUCUGUCCAGAACCACAUAGAGCUUUCCAAUGACCAAAAAGAGGCACACCUUGACAUUGCAGGAGCCUUAGAAGGACACCUAAGUUUCCUUAAAUAUGUCAUGCUACCCGUUUAUGAAAAGAGCUUAUGGGACCUUCUAAAGCUGGAUGUGACCACCAGCAUUGACAGGAGACAGUAUCUCCAUGCUUCAGCUGCCCUUGUAUACACCAAAAACCCCAAUGGCUAUCCUUUCUCCAUCCCCGUGAAAGUUUUGGACAAUGAAUUCAUCAUCCCUGGGCCGAAACUAAAUGAUCUAAAUUCAGUUCUUGUCACACCUGUAUUCCAAGUCCCAUUUACAGAUCUUCAGGUUCCAUCCUACAAACUUGACUUAAGUGAAAUAAAAAUCUAUAAGCAGCUAAGAACUUCAUCGUUUGCCCUCAACCUACCAACACUACCCAAAGUAGAAUUCCCUGAAGUUCCUGUGUUAACAAAAUAUUCUCAACCAGAAGAUUCCUCAGUUCCCUUUUUUGAGAUAACUGUGCCUAAAUCGCAGUUAACUGUGUCCCGGUUCACCCUUCCAAUAAGCAUUUCAGUUGGCAAUGCUGUUUGGGAUCUAAAUAAAGUGGCCAGCAAGAUUGUAGGCUUCGAGUUGCCCACCAUCAUCAUGCCUGAGCAGACUGUUGAGAUUCCUGCCAUUGAGUUCUCUAUACCUGCCGGAAUUUUCAUUCCUUCGUUUGGAGCACUGACUGCACGCUUGGGGGUGGCCUCUCCCUUGUACAAUGCUACUUGGAGUGCUGGUUUGAAAAACAAAGCAGAUCAUGUUGAAACUUUCCUGGAUUCCACGUGCAGUUCAACCAUACAAUUCCUGGAAUAUGACCUAAAUGUUGUGGGAACACACAAAAUUGAAAAUGGCACGUUGGUCUGUAAGACCAAAGGAGCAUUUGCACACCGUGACUUCAGUGCAGAGUAUGAAGAAGGUGGCACAUAUAAAGGACUUCAGGAAUGGAAACGAGAAGCUCAGCUUGCCAUUACCAGCCCAGCCUUCACGGAUCUCCAACUCCACGAGAAAGCCGCAGCCUCCGCAGCCUCCCCAGCCAUAGGCACUGUGGGCAUAGACUUAGAAAAAGAUGACAAGUUUUUAAAAUGGAACUUGUACUACCGCCCUCAGUCCUCUCCAGAUAAAAAAUUCACCAUAUUCAAAACUGAGUUGAGGUACCAGGAAUCCUACGAGGAAAUUCAGAUCAAAGUUAAUUGGGAAGAAGGGGCACCUUCUAGAUUGCUAACCUCCCUGAAAGACAAAGUGCCCAAGGCCCCAGGGGCCCUUUAUAACUAUGUCGACAAGUACCACCAGGAGCACACGGGACUCACCCUGAAAGAUGCUUCAUCAAAGGCAAGAAGAAGUCUGCAGAACAAAGCUGAGUGGGCCUAUCAAGGGGCCGUGAGGCAAAUUGAUAAGAUGGACACACAACUCUGGAAAGUAGCCAGUGGUGCCACUGAAACCUACCAGGAGUGGAAGGACAAGGUCCAGACUUUGUACCUCAAGGAUAAUAUAUUUGACAGUUUAUUACGAAUUACUCAAGAAUAUCAUAUAACAAUCCAACGUCUGAUUGACUCAUUCAUUACUUUCCUGAACUCCACCAGAUUCCAGCUCCCAGGGAAAGCUGGCAUGUACACUAGAGAUGAACUCGCCACAAUGGCCAUGAGGGAAGUAGUCGAGGUACUGUCCCGGAUACAUUCAAAUGUCCAUAAUGGAUUAGAAAUACUGCUCUCCUAUUUCCAAGACCUAGUGGAGAAAUCCGAAUUAAUCAAGGGCCUGAAGAUUAAAUUCGAUUUUGUUUUAAGGAGAUAUGAACUAACAGAUAUAAUCCUGGGGUGUAGAAAAUUGUUAAAAUCUUUAUCACAAGAUAUCCAAAAGGCAUUGAAUGACCUCCAAUCUAUCAAGAUCACAAAGAUACUAAGUGAUCUUCAGGACAUUUUACAAAGAGUUUUCCAAGAGAUAGAAGGAGAAAUUAAACAUUUAAAGAAGAAGAAAUUUACUUAUCUCACUAAUGAUAUUCAACAGGAAAUCAACACAAUCUUCAACAAACAUAUUCCAUAUGUUUUUGGAUUCCUGAAAGAAAUCAUAGACCUUAGCCUUGGUAAUUUCCAUGAACUUGUUCAAAACAAACUUGAGGAAACUUCCCAAGAGUUACAGCAGAUCCAGCAGUACAUAAAGGCUCUUCGCGAAGAAUAUUUUGAUCCAAGUAUAGUCGGCUGGACAGUGAAAUAUUAUGAACUUGAAGAAAAGAUAGUCAACCUGAUCAAGAACCUAGUACUCGCCCUGAAGGAUUUCCAUUCCAAAUAUACUGUCAGUGCUGCUGGCUCUGUUUCCCAACUCUCAGGUCAAGUUAAGCAACAUAUGCACAGAGCUGUCCAGGAAUAUCUUAGCAUCCUUACCGAUGCAGAUGGAAAGGGGAAAGAGAAGAUUGCAGAGCUUUCUGCCACUGCUCAGGAAAUAAUUAAAAGCUCGGCUGUUGCAAUGAAGGAAAUCAUUUCUGAUUACCACCACCAGUUUAGAUAUAAACUGCAGGAUUUCUCAGACCAACUCUCUGAUUACUAUGAAAAAUUCAUUGCUGAGUCCGAAAGAUUGAUUGACCUGUCCAUUCAAAACUACCACAUGUUUCUGAGAUACAUCACUGAGUUGCUGAAAAAGCUGCAAUCAACCACAGCCAUGAGCCCCUACAUACAGCUUGCUCCAGGAGAAUUUACUGUCACCCUCUAAUUUUUUAAAAGCAAUCUUCAUUUAUUCUUCUGUACCAAUUAAACCUUCAUAUGGUAGGGAAAAAAAAUUCAAGCUGUAUAUACUGAUAAAACCAUACAUUGAGCCAGCCCUGCAACAGGCAGCUGACUACCAGCAGAAACACACAUGAACUGAACCUGCACCGAAGCUGGCAUAGGGGCUCUGAAAGUCUCUGAACUCAGGGGGAAUGAACUUUUCUACAAGUUAAAGAAAAUCAGGAUCUUAGUUAUUUUGCUAAACUUGGGGGGAGGGGGAACCAAUAAAUGGAGUCUUUAUUGUGUACCAUA